UUGCAGAAAAGUAUCGUCUUAUUAAUGAUGGGCAGACGACGAGUCUAGAACCUUAAACUACGGGUGAUUUUUACUGAGUGACGCCACCUGACAGGGCUGGUAAAUGCCCAUUUUGGGGGACCCGCGGGGCCAAUACCUGUUCCUAGCCGUUUUUUUGCCUAUCGAUGACAUCUACGAAAAACAAAACAUCCCGCCUUGUCAAAUCAUUCCUUAUCCAUCUCCCCCCUCCGAAACCCACACACAAAACCUGCGCCGUUCCGCAUACCGACACAGAAGAGGCUUUUCAAGUCCUUCUUUUCAUUUAGCGUUGCGUGAUCAACAGGCACGCCACAGACAAAAGCAAGAAUCCGAGAAUCCAGACAAAAGCAAGAACCUGAGAAUCUCCCCGUCGAUCUAGAUUCCGUGCAGAUCAAAGCGCCCAUUGCCACCACCAUGUCGCAGCAGCAGGAGCGCAGCGCGCAGGCGCCUCCGGCGUCACAGACGACGACAGAUACUAUUCGGCCGGAGGCGGCGGAGAGUUCGCCCAGGGUGAUAUUGCGCUUGAGGGGAGGGCAUACUUCGAAUGGGAGGUCGGUGCAGUGGGCUGAGGACGUGGUUGAUAACGAGGGUUUGGGUCGCAAAAGUUCAAAAGUGUGCUGCAUAUACCAUCGGCCCAAGGGAGUUGACGAAUCCAGCGACGAAUCAUCGUCCGAUUCCUCAUCUGAUUCGGAUUCGGAUUCAGAGGGUGAAUCUAGACGCAAAAAGAAGGCUGGCGGCGACAAAGACGACUGUGGUCACGCUCAUGAUCAUGGACACAGACAUCACCACGGACGGGGCAAAAGGAACAGCAAGAAGAGGGCACCAAGUCCAAAUGCUUACGAAAAGAUACCAAAGCCCAAGCCAAAGGAUACGGGUAAAGAGGUUCCCAAGUAGCACAAUAUAUCUUUCAAGGAAGGCAGCGCAUGAUUGGAGUUAAACAAAUGGUUUAGGUUUGCUUAAAGGGUUUCAGGGUUAUUGUCAUGGUUUUUGGAUGCUGGCACGGAAAUGAGGAACAUACGGCGGCAUUAUUUGAACAUCGAAACGAGGAAGAAACGAGGAACACGGCAUAAUUUC